AUGACUCCCUCUGCCAGCCUGCUGCUGCUGCUCUUGCUCGGCCUCUCUCAGGCACUUCCUCUCCAGGAUGAAGCAGGCCAAGAAGAAGAAGACGACACUGUUGACAUCACCACCAGGAUUCUGACCUCUAACAACGGCACUGAUGAGUUCCUGCUGGAAGGAGACCUACUGGCUCCCAAAACCAGAAACGCAAUGACGUGCUGGUCCAAGAGCUGCCAGUGGAAGAAAGGCUCCAACGGCUUGGUGACGAUCCCCUUUACCGUGAGCAGUGAGUUCACCAGCUGGGAGAGGCAGAAGAUCGACUACGCCAUGAGGGCCUUCAACAGCUAUACCUGCCUCCGCUUCGUCCCCCGUCAGAACCAGUAUGACUACAUCAGCAUUGAGAACAAAGCCGGGUGUUACUCCUCUCUGGGCAGGACGGGAGGAAGACAGGUGCUCUCUCUCAACAGGCAGGGCUGCGUCUACCACGGCAUCAUCCAGCACGAGAUCAACCAUGCUCUGGGCUUCCAGCACGAACAGACCAGGAGCGACCGCGACUCUCACGUCAGGAUCAACUGGCAGAACAUCAACCCGCAGAUGGCCUACAACUUCUACAGGCAGGCCACCAACAACCUAAACACCCCCUAUGACUACACCUCCAUCAUGCACUAUGGAAAAACAGCCUUCUCCAUCCAGUGGGGGAAAGACACCAUCACCCCCAUCCCCAACCCCAACGUCCAGAUCGGCCAGAGGCAGGGCAUGUCCUACUGGGACAUCGUGAGGAUCAACACGCUCUACGGCUGCCAAUAA